AUGCUGGGUGUGGAGAAGAGCGAGGCGCUGGGGCUGUGGUGCACCCUCACGGUGGGGUCCUAUGGUGGGGGCGACGCUUUCCGUGCCGCACCCCAACUUCUCGUCGUUGACCUCACUUCCCACGAGGUGCUGGGUCGGCUGGCACUACUCGGACGCCCACUGAAGGAGGUGGUGUGGGCUGAAGUGGUGCGGGAGCACGCCCACCAUGUCCUGGUCCAGCCUGACCAGCGCAUCGUGCGUUUGCCCCCUACUCUGCCGCCCGAGGGCGCUGCCGGUCUGCAGUGGCAGCUGCGGGUGCAGGUGAGCCAACGCUUGCCGGGCUCGGCCGACCACUACAACCUGUUCUACCAGGGCUGGCUCUUUGCCAACGACGUGCUGGAGGAAGGGCGGCAGGGCGUCUCUCGGUGGCCGCUUAUCGGACUCUUUGCUCCCAAGAACCUUGCGCGGCCGCCAGGGGAAGAAGAUGUGGCGCAUGUGGGCAUCGACCGUUUGAAGCCGGCAGAUCAGCACACUCACUUGGUCCAGGAAACGCUAGACCUGGAUGGCUUUCAACUUGAGCUCAAGGACUGGCACAUGGGCUCAGAUAUGGCGCAGUUUGUGGUCGUAGAGGAAGCACGAGACGUCAGUGUGGCGUGGGCCGUGUGCGUGGACUUAGACAAACUCCGCUGCGAAGUGACCUUGCUGUUCCUCGUCAGUGCUAGCCGAGGCUCUCGGUAUGCGCCUCCAUGA